UCCUUGGGAUUUUGAAUGACUGACGUUCGCCGCGAUACGAUGCACCCGAACUGAAAACAAAUUACAGCGAACAACUGUCUUAGCUGUCACUUGAAAGCGGCUGGAUUCAAUAGUUCCGUGCAGCGAUUUCAGCUGUUUGCGGUAGCGCCGGCAUUGAUACACCACCAUCCACCCUCUCCAGAGGACUGUCUUGAUCACAGUCGAAUUAUUAAAGGUCGCGACACACUUUUACCUCGACGAAUUUCGCAACCUAUUCCCUACUCAAUUUGUUUUUUUUUUUGGUAAUUCUUGAGAGACACGUUUUCCUAUUGGACGGGAAUAAGGGCAGUACUAUUCGACAUAUCGAAACCUCGGUAUAAUUUGAUAUUCGAUAAUGAAGUUCGAAGAUUCGAAGUUGAAGCUUCGAAAUAGCGAAGCUGUUGGGAAAACUAAUUUUGGAGAGUGCAACAAAAUACUGUGCAAUUAGAGAGUAUCAGUUUAAGUAUCUUUAAUUGAGUUCUGAGAUUUGUACUUGUCUGGUUUAAAACAAAGUGAAUGAAGAAAGCACAAAUAAUAAACGGCAAAGUUUAUUAACUUUAUUUUCAAAUAAAUAUAAAUUUUGCCACAAUAGUGUAACAGCAUAACGCAAUGGAGAAAAAAUUACACUCUUUAAGGCGGUAAAUACUAUUUACUAUACCUACAAAACGAACACACCAGUAUCUUCCAGUUCUUGAAGUUCGAGUGUUCAAACAUUCGAAUAUCCGAAUGUUCGAAUUUUCACACUUCAACAUUUUAUUCUUUGAAUAUAAUGUGUCGAAAGUUCAGAAAUUCGAAGCUUCGAAUUUUUUUAUUUGCAUUUUUUAUUAAAUUUAGGUUUUUAUUUUUUAUUAAUUUUUUCAAACUAAUACGUGGGCCCUAUUAGUGUCACCAGAAUUACUGACGUUAUUUAGAAUUCAUGUGUCACCCAGAGUGGUUCGUUCGUCUAAUAUAUUUUACACAGAGUGUCAUUGUUGGAUAUAUCGUAUGGAAAGUUCAUUUAUAUGAAUAGAAUUUGCACUUUUAUUGGCGGCACAACUACUUUGGAUGUAUUGACUUUAUCAAUAAUUCCGUGCAUUUCUGAAAAUAUAGUUUAAUCCGUGCUCUUUCACCACGUUGAAUGAUCAAGUGAAAUGAGGAAAGCUUCUUCUUUUCUUUUUUACUUUCUUGUGUGCAAUUCGCUCUACAUAUUGGGAUUAAAUUUGUAUCAUUUCUGUCGUCUUUAAAUUUACAUAUCAAAGGGACUUGUUCCCGUUAAUUGAACGUGAAUAAAAAUCAAACGGAGAAAAUAAUUCCCAGCCCUAACACGGAAUGCGUUGCGAAACUCAUCGAAGUAAAAGUGUGUCGCGAUCCUUCAUCCUCUGACUGAGAACACGCACGAAUAUACAUUCAAACGAAUUCGCCGCAAAAUGAAAUCAUUACGACGAUCGUAACACGUAAUUAGACACACGGCGACGUUCACCGCUGCGCCCGAAGAAAUUGGCCGUGAAUCAGCAGUGAGCGGGAUGCCGCACCACGCUCGAUUCGUCGAUGAAGCUCAAAAUAGUUUGUAUACCGUAUAUAAUGCAUAACGCAAGCGGAGCGGUGGGGGACAGCAUCCGGCAUCGCGUGCCGCCGCGAAAACACCCCCCGAGCCCCGAAAUUGUGUCAAUAGGUCACGCGUGGAUGAUUUAUGAAAUCUUCCGGAUUUGGAGCGCAGCUGAUCCCGCGAUUGUUAAACUAACAGAAUCGCCAACAGGAAACGCGACACUUCUUGGUGCAUGUUUAAUCUCGAUGCGCUCAACACGACGCUCCAAUUUCCACGGAAGAUCUCUCUCUCUAUCGCGUAAUCCGUAUUUUCCAGCGUUUUAUUAUGGCGCGCCACUCGGAUAUUUAUCAAAACGAUGAAAGAGCUCUCGACGAUAUCGAUAUCGAGCGAGCGAACGGAUGAUCGAUGCGGAUCGAAGAUAACAAAGAUCACGAAGUCCCCGCGCCACGAUCGUAGGGGAAGGCCGCCGUCCACGCCGAGGCGCGCCGGCGACGACGAGCCGACGACCACCCGAAGACAAACAGAGAUAUCUCUAUCGGAGACAACCGGAAGCUCUCCCGUUUCCUAUCGCAAUCAUGAACAGUUAACGCAUUAAUUAUUAAGCGCGGCGAGCGCGAACCUCGGCAAGAUCGCGUGAUUGGGGUUGCCUCCUACCGGUUGGAGCGCGGUGUGAUGGGGAUCGAUGCGGUUGCCGUGACAACGGGACCAUCAGAGAGGCCGAAUCGUGCGCGGAUGACGGCUGCUGCCGGCGGGGUGGCGACGGGGCGGCGGCGAGCUCUCGGGGGUGAGCGCCGCGCGACGCGACGCGACGAUGCAGUGACGACGUCGCCGCCGUUGAGAGCUCUCGCUCGGCUCUCGGAGGGCGACCUCGUACCUCGUUCGCCGUCCCUCGGCGAACCCUUUUCUUCCGAGGCGGCUGGUUCCCCGCGUUCGCCGUUGCACGACGCCGUUCCGAUCCGACGAGCGGCCGCGCCAUGCGGAGGCGGUGCCGGGUCCGCCGCAGCGCCAGGACACCGACACCAGGACGAGCACGACGAAGGACAGGCCGACGCGACGGCAGGACAACGGCGACGGCGAGAGGAUGCACCACGGAGGCACCGCCGGAGAGACGUCGGAGCAGGACGCGGCGGCCGCGAAGGUCCUGCUGCUGCGACGAUGGAGCGAUAUGCCGCGGCAUCUCCAAUUCAAUCCGCAUAUCCUCACCGGCUACAGGCCGCUCAUGACCAUCCGCCAGUGCCUCGGCAGCCUCUUCUACAUCCACAAUGAGACCGUUAACAUCCUGACGCACGGAUUCGCUAUCCUGUACAUGCUGGUGACUGUACCGCAUCUGCUUCCAUGGAACACGAAGGGAACGCUCGUGGGAAUACUGUCCUGGUGCCAUUUGAUCGGCGCCGUCAGCCCGUGGAUCGGGUCCUUCCUCUAUCACCUUUUCAUGAACGUCAACUACGACGAGGUCUUCUACAGGACGUUGCUGAAGGUCGACAUGAUCGGCAUAUGGCUGUGCCAGAGUUUCGGAGCGAUACCAAUGAUGGCCGCGGCGGUCCAUUGUCUUGCCGAUAACGUCUGGUACUGCUGCAUUUUUAUUUAUUGCUCCCUCAGCAUGUGGGGGCUCUUAAAGGCGAUGACUGCGAGAUCACCGUGGGAAAGGCGUUUGUGUUUCGCCCCGCCUUUCCUCAUGAGGAUGCUGGUCAUGACGCUGAGGUGUUUCGGUAUCGGCGGUGGAUCACCCGAGGCUCUUAUCCAUAUAAUAUUGCAGAAGAACAACGGUUACUGAAAAGGCACGGGAUUUUCAGGAUCUCAUAGCUGUGAUAGGUGCAACCAUUGGCGCUCUCC